AUGGAUUCUGCUGAAGAGAUCGAGACGUUGAAGCUGGAAAUGGAGGGACCUUCGGGAGAGAAGGUAGAGGCAGGAGCGGACGGGGACGGAGGGGGUUCCGUGUACAUCCGCUGGGGAAGGACCACGUGUCCCGACGACACCGACACGUCAAUCAUUUACGAUGGCAUCGCUGGAGGCUCACAUUUCACACAUAGUGGAGGAGGCGCCAACUACGUCUGCCUACCGAAGGAUCCUGAGUGGGGGGUCUUCACGGAUGGAAACCAGGGUGCCGCGUACAUGCAGGGGGCGGAGUAUGAACUCAGCCUUGGAACCAACCCCUUCCCAGGCGCCUCACUCCAUGACCACGACGUCCCCUGCGCUGUCUGCCACGUGGCGUCUCGCGGCUCCAAGCUGAUGAUCCCCGCCCGUCUCAGCUGUCCUAGCGGCUGGACCAGGGAGUACAAGGGGUACCUCAUGACCGAACGCCACAACCAUUACCGCUCCGAGUUCGUCUGCAUGGACGGGGAGCCCGAGACCAGGCCCGGCGACCACGCGAACUACAAUGGCGCGCUUUUCUACCCGGUAGAAGCCAACUGCGGGUCCCUUCCGUGUCCCAACUACGUGCAGGGCCGUGAGCUGACCUGUGUGGUCUGCACCAUGUAACGGUCUGUCGUCAAUGUCCCAGCUAGUACACUAGCAUAAAAGGGACUGAGACGAGCUCAGAGCCGAGUAGUACAAAAUGUAGAUGGUAAAUAAAACAACAGAUGAAAGCGAAGUGUUUGUCCCCCUUUUUAU